CUUCUGGCAGUGUUGAGUCGCUACUUGUUUGCACUGAUGUAAAUGAGGAGAACUGAGGGGUUUGUUCCUUGUGUGGCUACAUCUCUUUUGAGCCAGGCAAUCUCAGCCCCAUCUCAGCCCCAUCCCAGUCCUCAGGAUGGAGAUCUAGCAAGAUGUCACUGAGAUGCAAGUAUGGACAUAAUAGCCUAUGAUGAUUACUCCAGUCUACCGCUUCAGAGAUAUUGAAAGGAAACCUGAAUACCUCCAGCCAGAAAAGUGUGUUCCACCUCCUAGCCGCGCUUCCCUGGGAACAAUGUGGUUUAUUCGAGAUGGCUGUGGUAUUGCAUGUGCUGUCGUCACCUGGAUGCUGGUGUUCUAUGCUGACUUUGUAGUCCUUCUUGUCAUGCUAGUUCCAUCGAGAGAUUAUGUUUAUAGUGUCAUCAACGGCACACUGUUCAACACCUUGGCUUUCCUGGCUUUGGCUUCACAUUUUCGUGCUAUGCUGACAGAUCCAGGUGCUGUACCCAAAGGUAAUGCCACAAAGGAGUUCAUCGAGAGUUUACAGCUAAAGCCAGGACAGGUGGUUUACAAGUGCCCAAAGUGUUGUAGCAUCAAACCUGACAGAGCACAUCACUGCAGUGUUUGCAAGAGGUGUAUUCGGAAAAUGGACCAUCACUGCCCCUGGGUCAAUAACUGUGUAGGAGAGAAUAACCAGAAGUACUUUGUACUGUUUACAAUGUAUAUAGCACUGAUUUCCCUGCAUGCUCUAAUCAUGGUGGGAUUUCACUUCUUAUAUUGCUUUGAAGAAGACUGGACAAAAUGCAGUUCCUUCUCUCCACCGACUACAGUGAUCCUUCUCAUCCUCUUGUGUUUUGAGGCUCUGCUCUUUCUCAUCUUCACCUCCGUUAUGUUUGGGACCCAAGUACACUCCAUCUGCACUGAUGAAACGGGUAUUGAGCGUCUUAAAAAUCAGAGGCCCACCUGGGAGAAGAUCAGUGGCUGGGAAGGAAUGAAGCUGGCAUUUGGUGGUGCUUUCUCCUUGGGUUGGUUCAAUCCCUUUUCAGACCUGAACUGCAAGAGCCCAGAGCUGGCUGAAGCGGCAGCAGCAGCUCCUGCAUCUGCAAUAAUGACUCAAGAAGAAAUCGAGCAGUUUCUUGCUCGAGAUGUUGCCAUCCAAGUGUUGCAUGAAUAAGCAAAGCAUCCUCCAAGAUGUCAAUAGCAUCUUUCAGGUUUUGGUGGGGUUUUUUUAAUAACUACUUGUGCUGGAGAUUUAAGGAGCUGUUCUUUAACAUACUUUUGGUGCAUUAAAAAAUUCAGGAGUAUUAUCUGGAAGACAGGUACAGCACUAGCAGAAGCAACACAAAUCUCCAGAGAAAGCUUUAUAAAUUACAAGAUUCAUAAGCUCCUUUUUUGGACCUGUGGCAGGUGCUUUAUCAAGCUUUUCUUACUUGGCCUUUAAGGAAAGUCUAUGAUUGUUUGAUAGAUUGGUCCCAGUUUUCUGAAAUGUGCAGCCCUGAGGAGUCUGGUUAAUCUUUUGUUCUUACAGCCUUUUGGAGGCCUAAGUGAUAAACCCUGUGAAAUAGCCAGAUUAGCCCAGGUUUUCUUGAAAAACACAUCCUUUUUAGCUCAUCCCAUGGAUGCUGCCUCUGGAUUAUGAAAGCUGCUGGUGCUCAGGUCUUAGCAGAGGUGGGAUACUGGGCUACAGACACAGCAGCUGAGUGAGCUCACUCUGGGUGUAACUCCUUUGGGCUCUAAAAUAUCUCCAUGGAUAUAUUUUAACCCUCUGUGCUGGUGGGGCUGCUCAAGGCUGAUGGUGCUUGGCUGAGCAGCAUUGGGGUCAGCGAGCUGAUUGUGGUGCCAGGCCAGCAGGAGUCUUCACCCAUGGUCAGCACAGCCGAGAGCAGGCAAGUAUUGGCCAGGCUGUUGAGACACUGGUGGGGGGAAGAAGCUUUCACCAAGGGACUGUGGUUCAUUAGCACGUGUGGGGCAGGAGCUGCCUGGCCAAACUCCGCAGCCCAGAAAGCUGGCAGCUGGCCUAGGCUGGGCACCAGGCAUGUUUCUACAGCCAAAGAACACAGGGAGGUGUGAACACUCUGCUGAUGGAAGUACUGGCUCUUUCUCUUUGACUUGUCUAAUUUAGGUGUCUCUUUUUAAAAUUUUUAUUCAGUAGCCAGAGUUAGUUGAGAAUUAAUGUUGCUUCUUAGUCUCACUGGGGCUUAACCUUGCCCUACUAGUGCUUGCCAUUGUGCAGGGCUUCCUAAUGCUAGUUUUGCAGCCAGCUCCUGGUGAGCAUCGGUGAGUGCACAGGAGGAAUGUGCACGGCUCAAGGCAGGUGUCACUGCAGGUGGCAGUAGCUGCAGCAAAGUCCUGCAGAGGUGACACUAGCCCUGCUGCAUUCAAACACACUACAAGCACUUGGCAUGCUCCAGAUGUCAGGUAGUGUAGUUUUAAUGUAGAGGUCUUUUUAGUUGUUGUCUUCUCCUUAUCUCCCUUAGGUUAACUGUCAGUACGUUUUGCAGGAUAUUAGAGACGUGCUCCUGGUUUUUCCCCACAGGACAUGUUUGACUUCAUCUUCCCCCUCUGUAACAUGGACCAAAGAUAAUUGUUUCCUCUCAAAAGUAAGAGAAAGGAGUUUGGGGGAUGAAAACAUAGUAUUGUGAAAGACCUAGAUGAAGUUUCUUAUUAUUUAUAGAAGCAAUACAAAAUGGAAUUUGUGCAAGAUUUUAAAUUUUUUUGCUCCCCAAAAAACUAUCUUAGUAUUUAUUACUGGGGUGACAUUCGGGGCUAGUGUGGAGCAAUGAGAUUCUCUCCUGGACUUGUCCUCUGCCACAGCAGUCCUUUUUUCUGGCAAAAGGUCUGGGAACAAAUCAAGUGCCAUGACUGUUAGGAACACAGCUUGGCUAAAAUCCAGGGGGUAUUCCCAAACAGUCAUCCCAUCACCUGUUCCCUUUAGAUGUCUUUUGUUUUUCAAUGGAAAAUAGUUUUAGAAAAAAUUAUUGGAACCUGUGUAUUUAUAAAAAAUGCCUUUUGGUAAAGGGAAACACCCUGGUUUUGAGGGGAAUCAAGGUGUCAUUACAUGUCAUUUAGAUGUGAGGUCUCGAAUGUCAUUGCUCUGUGCAGCAGUGUGAGAGCAAGGGAAGAAGCUCUCCUGCUUUUGUACCAGCCUGCAUUCCUCUCCAUCAGCGUUCCACGGGAAAGGGGAACAUACAGGGACAUAUGCAGAUCUAUAAGGGAUUUCCUGUAGGGGUGUUGAAGGAGGUAAAGAGGGCCCUUUUUAGCUCACGUUUUCUAAUUUUGGCUUGCUGCUUGUCCUUAUCCAGUUAAUGUCCCUGCUUCCAGUGCGACGUCUGCAGAGUGGGAAUGGUGCUAUGGGGUCCUGAGAGGAGAAACUAGGUGGUGGUUGAAAAUCACCUUGAGGCAAGUGCACAUGACGAUGCUUCUUGGGACAUGGACCCCACUUCUGUGGCUUUGGUUAGGCACUGAUGGAGGCAACAUAUUUCCUUCUUCACUCUCAAACCUGGUUCACUUCAUCAUGAGGAGAGAGGCCCAUGAUGUUUCCCACUGCUUGCAUUGUUCCUCAGGUGCUGAAAUUUCUAGGCCCUUUUGUUAAUAACUGAAAUGGAAAAGCAGUGUGAAGUGGGGUGAGAGUCAGAACAGCAUCUCCCCUCCUCCCUCAGUGCAGUUAUGGGAGUGAGAGAAUGUUCCUGUGCCCUAUGCAGAGAUGUGGGCAGCCAGCCCAGCCCCGGUUCUGGUGCCCUACAGAACUGGUGGGGUGACUUCCUACGUCCAGUGAACUGGUUCUCUUGGAGUGUCUUGGCUGUCAAUCUUGUCCCCCUUGGCUGUCAAUCUCAUCCUCCUCUUCCUCCCUCUUGAAGCUCCAGUGUUUCUCGGUGUAUCUCCUUCCUGUCUUGCUAUAAAUGUGGCAACAUUUUCUUGUCAGAAAUUGCAAAAGUCUUCACAAGCUGGAAAAAUCUGUUUUAUCCACAGCUCUGGUAUAAAUCUCCUUCUUUGAUGACUACCUGGUAGCUUGAGACCAAAUGUGAUUUUCAUGAAGUUGAAACCAAAUCCACUGUUUUCCUUCCGUUCCCUCCAUGCACUCUUUGCCCCUUGCUAAAUCGUGCCUUCAUCAUUCAGGCUGUGCUGCUGUGGUCCUGGUUGGCUUGCUGGGCCAUAGGGAAGCACUCCUCCAGAGCACCCAAUGUGCUGCAAUCCACUGGAGAUCCCAUGGCUGCUCCAGUGUGAGGUGUUAAUACAUGAUGGUAAAGGUCAUGGCAGACGUAACAAGUGUUCUUGUACUUAUUAUCUGGUGUCUUCUACAGCAGGUUUUCUAUGCAAGUAAAUAAUUUACAUCUCUUGAAAAGAAAUAUAUUUUGCUGUUUGUAACUACUUUUUAUGCCUCUGGUCACUACUGUACUUAUUAAAGAGCUAAUACUUCAUCUGCCAAA